UUGCUGCUUGCUCGCUCUGUGGACGGAUGACGCUGCUGAUGAGACUGUCAGCCAUUCGAUCUUCCGACCGCUACCAUCUCUUCCUCAAGCAGACUUUGCAACUUUUCGGUCCACUCGAACAGGACAACUAUGACAUUCGACAGGUUAAUACGGUUCGCUGACGAAACAGGGUCUGUCCGCUAUGGCGAACUGACCGCGGAAUUGGCUGCCAACCAAAUAGUCGGUAUUGAGGUGGACGUUCUCGAAGGCCACCCUUUCGAAGCACUCUCACGCACGGGCGAAAAAGCUACAGUCAAGAAGUUGUUGAGUCCGUUAGAGUCUGUACCUAUAUUCGAGUGCAUUGGUCUGAACUAUCGACAACAUGCUAGUGAAGCAAAGCUCUCAAUCGCGGAGCAUCCGGUUGUUUUCACAAAGCCGGGAGACGCGUUGAAUGGUCCUCUGGACGAUGUCCUUAUCCACAAGGAUAUUCAGACGCAGCUAGAUUAUGAGGGCGAGUUGUGUGUGAUUAUCGGCAAGGACGGAAAGAACAUCAAGGAAGCGGAUGCGUUGGAGUAUGUCUUGGGUUAUGCGAUUGGGAACGAUGUGUCCGCCAGGAACUUCCAAUUGCCGCCCUUUUCCGGUGGACAGUUCGGCUAUGCCAAAUCAUUCGACGGGUUUGCCCCAAUAGGACCAGCUAUUACCUCCAAGAACGUUAUCCCCGAUCCGCAUCAGCUGGAAUAUGUCACCAUUGUGGAUGGGGAGACCAGGCAGAAGACUCCGACCAGUGAUAUGAUAUGGACUGUCCCACAGAUCAUCACCCACCUGAGUCGGAACACUACCCUGCGAAUGGGCACGGUAAUCAUGACCGGCACUCCAUCAGGCGUCGGUCUCUUCAUUCCAAAUGGUUUCCUAAAAGACGGCAGUGUGGUGGAGGUCAAAUGCACGAAGAUUGGCUCAAUUCAGAACAAGAUGGUCUUCGAAUAAGACAGUGACUCGAUCGACGAGUCUCAAGGCCAAGCCGUG